GCCGUGCUAACUUUGCCGUUGAUGCUGCGGGGACCUGGAAUGGUGGACAAACCGCGCACGUUGGACGCAGCGAACGCUGACCGCAGCCGUUCAAUGAAUGGCAAUAACACGGACACACAGCUGGUGCCAUCUGGGGCAAGCAAGUUUGAUAGGCUGAAUCGACAUCAGCCCGACACAGCUUUCGUGGGGCGAGUAGCAGCAAAGCUUCCAAGGCGGCAGCACUCUGGGAGGAAAAGAGAUGUACUGGAGUUGGGCUUUGGCGCUGGAAGGGAGGUGUUAUGGAAGAGGUGCUGCAGCUUUUUCGGCAAGUGGGUGCCUGCAGUGGAUGCGAACUUCUUGGUCACUCAGCCCUAG